AUGUCGACGCCUACACCGACGGGAGCAGCAUCUAGCAAUGGCUCCUUAAACGGGAUAAAAGCCACAAUAGAUUCAACCGGAGAUUCUUCGGGGGGCUCUCUCACACCUUACAAGGACAUGUGGAUGAUAUUCGCGCUCUUAUACAAUGUGUGCCUAACCUCGUGGUUUGCCGGCGGUAGAUCCAAUAAAACGUGUCCGGAUUGUCGAGCUCCCGUGAAAUCGGAGCCGUCCCCUGCUUAUCUGGUUCGCGCGGUUGUCCAACUGUUCACGAGUCGUGCCGAACUUCUAGACAAGGGCGAGACCACAGCCGAACAUAUACGCCAUCAGCGCGAUGAAGCCGAAAAGGUAGAGAGGGACAAGAAAAACACCCAUCAUAAAGACGGGGGCUUGUUCCGGGGCAUAUUUAACAAGGCAAGGCUUUCGAUCCCGGCACCUGUUGUCGAUCUCGAGGACAAUGUCAUCCGUUGUCCGGUUUGCUCCUGGGAGCUCGAGGAGGAGUCCGGAUGCGCCCAAUGUGGAUACCGCCGGGACGAAGGGUCGACAACUAGUUCUUCCGACUAUAUGAGUGAACUGGAUGAGAAUUCGGACAUGACCGACUACCUUGAUGAUGACGACGUGUUCGAAGAUGGGUUUGGUGAAGUUGACGAUUUUGACUUGAAUGCUCUUUAUCACGGUGCCCCUCCUAAUGGGCUACCCUUUAACAUUACCCAACAACUCUAUGGGUUGCUGCCUAAUCUUCAGAAUCGUCAUGGACCUCUGAAUGGUCCCUAUCACGUUCCGUCGGAUGACUGGGAUCAGCAUGAUGCCAUGUCCUCGAUUCCUGACAGUGAAGAUGAGGAAGAUUCCGAGGAUACUGACAUGGACUCCUUUAUUGACGAUGACGAACAUUUUGGUGGUAUGCAUGAUUAUGACUCGGACUUGGAGUCGGAUCGGUCUACAGUCGUGGGACCCGAAUAUAACACGCAAGCCCGCUAUGAAGAAGUGCUCGAGCACUCUGAUAUUCCAACUUCUCAGCUUGGGGACUUAAUAAGUGAUGGAUCGGUGGACAUUUCAAGCACUGACUAUGGGAGUGAAGACAUUGAUGACGACGAUGACGAUGACGAUGAUGAGCCAAUCCGACCUCCUGUAAAUGGAGGUCGGCGUUGCCCAGUUCCUUUCUACCAAGAACUGUUGAGUUCUCCCGGACAAUCACAACUGCAGAAUACGAAUUUCGAUCUCGCCAAUCCUCGUAGUAUACCACAAGCUCAGCGUCCACAUACUACAGGAACUACGGCGUCGGACGCGAUCAGCCUGGAGGAUGAUUCAGACGAGGGACCAGUGAGACCGUCAAGGAGAGCUAAAGAUGGACGGAAUCGCAGAACUACGGCUCUUUGA